AUGGAGCCCGCAGCCAGAGGGCGGACUGAGAAAAGCUUCAGCUACGUUGUCAGAGCCCCCGGCAGCGAUGGGUUUGAUGUGAUGAACGUUGACGUGAAGAUCGACACGUGCUGGGUAUUCCAGGACGUAGAGGACGGUGGUGAGGGGCCCGGCUGUCUUCCGGCAGCGGGAAGCCCAGACACGGAUGCGGGCGUGCUCAGGAAGCAGCUGGAAUCCUCAGAGCAGAAACUGCUGGCAGCUGUGGACAAGCACGUGAUGUCGGAGUCCAGGCUCAGAAGCAGAAUCCAGGAGCUAGAGCUGUCGGAGAGACAGCUCCUCCAGAGUGUGGACCGGCUGAACGCCCGCGUGUUGCAGGAAAGGAGCGACGCUGCCCGGGCCCAGGAGAAGCUCCAAGCCCUGCGGGACGAGCUUGCCAGCCAGGACGCCCUGAGCCAGCUUCACGAUGAGCCACUGGCCCUGCCCGGGGAGGGCGCCCUGGAUGCCUGCCGAAGCCGAGGCUUGCAGACCACCCUCUGCUCCCACGGCGCCCCUGGCCCGAGAAGCUCAGCAGGUGUGUGGGUGCUGUGGGUAUUCGUCACCUGCGUGAGCUUUGUGGUCAGCACAGGUGGCUUCCAGACCCGACCUGCUGCUCAUCGGCGACAGUCAUUCCCCAUCCGCGAGCCUCAGUUUCCUCGCCUGGCAGGCUGCGGCCAUUGGCUGUCUCUGGGGCUCGGAGGACGCCAGCCCUCCGAGGCGUGCUGCUCCCGGGACCGUGUCGGGGCCGGGCGAGGCCCCUGUGUUGUGGUGGCAGGCCUGGAGGCCACAGAUGAGACCCUGGAAGACGUCCCAGGAUCUGACCGUGGACGGUGGACUCUGGCUGAGCCCAGCUUGGAUGCGCAGACUUUUCUCCUCAUCUGUGGCUGCCCCCCCGGCCAGUACAGGGAUGGCUCACUCCUCCCCGUGGAGCUGGCCGGGAUUUCGGAGCAGAGGCUAGCAGCUGCCCAGGUCCUGGUGCAGACGUCCACACUCCCUCCCUGGGGGCCGGCCGGGGACCCCCCUUCCUUGCCGCCGCUGCUCCUGCUCCGGGAGGCUUCUCCACAAGAAUCCCAGAUGCGACGGAUGCUGGACGCCAGGUUCCCACCUGCUCCCAGAGCCGGAGGACCCACCUGCCGGAAUCCCCACUGGAGAAGGGGCCAGAAUGCCUCCCUCUGCCACGAGCCCCCCCAGAUCUCAAGUCACAAAUUCAAGUCACCCAGAGAUGUGAAAGGCGCUUGGAAGGAGGGAGGAGGGCCCCCAGAGUGGAGAACCGAGGAGCUGGGGGCGAGGAGGAGUCGGGGCAGGAAGGAGGCAGACCUUGGUGACGAGAGCAAGCUAAGUCAGGAAAGCCGAGACAACCCGAGCCCGGGGGACGGCGUCAGAGCCCCAGAGGGCCAGCCGGUCGAGAACAGGGCCUCAGAGACCCAGGCCUCUGUCUCCUGCCCUUGGCCCAGGCCAAAGCUCCCAUGGCCUCUUUUGCAGGAGGAGGCCCCCGUGUCAACUGAGGGUCCCGCACCCCUGAGUAGGAGGUGGAGGGAGGGAGGGCUUUUGUCACCGGAGGAGGAAGAGGCCCCCCCAGCCAGGGCCCAGGGCUCCCAGAGGCCAAGUCCGGGAGGCAUUCAGCUCCUUGCAGGGCAGGGCGAGGAGGAAACGCUCGUGUGGUCUGCAAAUGCUCUGAAUCUGCAAGAGGAAAGCCCUGGGGACCAAAGGCAAGGAGAGAAGGAGGAGAAAGCACCGCCUCUAGAAGGGUCUCGUCUGGCCCACAGGGAUGUCCCAGGGGAGCCUGGCCCCGAGGAAUGUGAGCACCAGGAAACGCUCUCCCCGGUGGCGGAGGGAGGUCUGACACUGUCUCCCCGAUCGGCCUUUCCACCCAGGGGAACUGAACCUACGAUCAGUGAUCCGUGGGCUCUGAGCCAACAACCUGACAGGUCUGAGCUCAGAAGAGAUGAAUUUGGGAAGGAGGCAGAAGCUUCUUCCCAGCAACUCUCCAUCCUGCAGCAUGGGGGCGGGGGGCGAUGGUGGCCAACCUCCAUGCCGGCCGGAGGAAGCAAGAGUUUGGCUCGGAAGCAGCACAGCCCCCCGGAGAAUGCUCACUCCCAGCAGGCUUUGGCAAACCAGGGCUCGGAUAUUUGUUUGGCCAGAGAGGUCGGACCAGGCGGGACGGAGGUCCUGGGGACCAGCACCGCUCUCCCAGGGAUGGUGCCUGAUUCAGAUGACGUGGGUCCGGGUCCAGAGUGGCCCUCCGAGCUGGGUGGGAACCAGCCCUCCCAGCCACUGAGAGCCCUUGAAGAAGAGAGGAGAAGCUUUCACCGGCUCAUCUCUGGGCUGAAACGAGAGAGAAGCCAAGUUUUACGUGACAACGCCGAGCUGCGGGGCGACCGAGAGAGAUGCCGUCGAAAAGUGUGCGCCCUCGAGGAAGAGAGGGAGAGAAAUGUGACCAAGAUGGCGGUCCUCGAACAGGACAACAGCAUGCUGGUCGGAGACAUUGCGCUCUUGAAGAGGGAGCUGGCCCAAUACCGGCAGGUCGUUUCUGACCUGGAAGACUGCAACGGGAAAAGUUACGGCAAAAUUUCCGAGCUCGAAGAGGAGAACGAGCAGCUGAAAGGGUGCCUGGCCCAGCUUCAGAGAGCCACGGCCGAGAGCGCCAGAAAAUCCAAGGGUGUGAUGGAGCACGUCACAAUGGAAAACCAGGAGCUCAAGGCGCUGAUCUCGGAGCUCGGGGUCAGUUACAAAGAGCUGAUGAAGGGCGUGGUGGUGGGGAUAGAAGACACGGUCCAGGCCUUCAGGGGGGAGAACGCCCAUCUUCUGAGCAGGAUCCGCGUCCUGGAGACAGAAGUCGCGUUGGGGGCCAGCACAGCUGGGGGCCGCUUGGUGAGAGCGGAGGAGGGUCCGCAGGGGGAAAGCAAGAUGGCGGGGGGCAAGGAGGGUGCUGUGGAAAGGGGGGUGCAGGUGACUCAGCUGUCAGGGCAACUGACCGCAGAAGCCCACGGGCCGCCCUUGGAGGAGAAACCAGGUCUGGCUGGCAGGUGGAUGGGGCCUUCCUUAUGCACGGAGAAUUCCAGAAAUGAUGGCAAUUCAGCCGCUUCGUCACUGGUGGGGGGAAGUGCCGAGGUAUCCAGUGCCCCGCGAGGAAACAUCGACGGAGCAGGAGCGAGAGAAGCACGUUUGGAAAAGGAGGAGAAAAGACCAUGGUGUUCUGCAGACCCAGGGCGAGCUCUGAGGGCAAGCAACGGCCCCCAGCUUAAGGGCACGGAGACAGACGCCCCCAAAGAGGACCUCAGGCUGUGCAUUGGGCACCUCCAGCACCAGGUGCUGACCCUGCGGUGCCAGCUCAGAGACCAGGCUUCUGCCCACCGGGUACUGCAGGUGUCACAUGGGGAAGCCACCCGCCUCCGGGACCAGCUCAAGGGCGAGCUUGAGGAACUUCAGAGAAAGCAACACGAGGCAAAUUCGGCCGUGGCUCCUUUGAAGGCCAAGCUGGCUUCUCUGGUCCAGAAGUGCCGGGAGAGGAACCGCCUCAUCACGCACCUGCUGCAGGAGCUGCACCGACGCGGGGCCGAGGAUCCCCUGCUCUCCGAGAUGGCGCGGGGCAUGGUGGACGACGUGGCACUGGCCGAGUACGCGGCCACCUUCCUGGCUCCGGCGCUCCCAGAGGCCAGGGGGCUGCGGUCCCUCCACCGGGCUCUAUGGAGGCGGCACGGCUCAGGGUCUGGGGUGUCUUACUUGGCCGAGACCAAGGAGGCGGCAGAGCCAGGAUUCUGGGUGGCGGUGCCCGGCCCUCAGCCUCUCCAGGCCGGUGGGAAGAACGAGGGGCAGGAAGGGAAGGAGGAUCUGUGGAUCCCCGGUCACAGGCUGCCCCCGGCCAUCGCUCAGACAUACCUCCCGAAGCCCAAAACAGACAGUGUCAUCAUCCAAAGACCUUUGCAUUCAGAGUCCUGGCCUGUUCCCGAGGCUGAGUGGCCAGCACAGAACACGGCUAGACCGGAUUCACCAAAGCUUCCCCCGCCCUCAGGGCCGACGCCUGGUCCCGGAGCGUGUCCGUGUCCGGCUGCAGCCGCCGUGGAGCCCGCGUGCCCUGCGCGACGCCCGCGGGGAGAAGGCGGGCUGUCCUGUCCCGUCCUCCGUGCCGAUGACCCCCCGCCACCCUCUGAGCUCCUGAGUCCUGCGAGGAUCCUGGCUUUCCACAAAGAGCUCACACAAAGCAUUCGCAGCAAUGCCCAGGUCCAUCGAUCACCGCUGGAGUUAUAA